AUUCGGAUCGGGGUGAGCUGGCUCAGUGGUUACAGUGCAAACCCACUGACCGGAAGGUCCGUGGCUCAAACCCGACCUUUGCUUCUCGACUUCCCCCGUUUAGGCUUGGGCAACGUGGCAGUAUCCCAGCCCUCGUGUUACAUUCGGCUGCGGACAGAAAUUCGGAUCGGGGUGAGCUGGCCCAGUGGUUACAGUGCAAACCCACUGACCGGAAGGUCCGUGGCUCAAACCCGACCUUUGCUUCUCGACUUCCCCCGUUUAGGCUUGGGCAACGUGGCAGUAUCCCAGCCCUCGUGUUACAUUCGGCUGCGGACAGAAGUGAAACUGCGUUGUUUCCGCGAUUCUGCU